GGAUUUUAAUCGAAGAAACGACAAGACCUCGGCUCAAAUGAGAGCUUGACUGGCAUGUGGUGAAGGGAACAUGACUGGUCGGCAGUUAUAAAAGACCCUCGAAGGUAACAUAAUGUCCCUACACAGAACUACGACCACUAUUGACAAGACAAAUCAUGACUGAGUUUGACGUUGAAAAAGUCCUACAACAAUUGAGCUUGAAGGAAAAGAUUAGCCUUGUUGCUGGUCGUGAUAUCUGGCACACAAAUGCUGUUCCAAGACUUGGUAUACCAUCUAUGAGGUUCUCAGAUGGUCCCAACGGUAUACGCGGCGUAAAGAUCUUUGACGGAGUUCCUGGUGCAGUUCUGCCAAAUGGCACAGGUUUGGCGUCGACUUUUAGCAAAGAUCUGUGGUUCAAAGCAGGUGAGCUGGCUGGUAUUGAAGCUAGAGAUAGAAGUGUUCAUGUGAACUUGGGUCCGACAGCAAACAUCCAAAGAGGCCCACUGGGUGGUAGAGGAUUUGAGUCGUUCUCUGAAGACCCUUACCUUUCCGGGGUGGCCAGUGCUCAUGUCAUCAAUGGUUUACAAUCUCAGAAAGUGGCUGCUACCAUGAAACACUAUGUGUGUAAUGAUUUGGAACAUGAACGUUCAUCCUCUAACUCUUUGGUCACUACAAGAGCAUUGAGAGAGAUAUACCUGGAGCCAUUUAGACUUGCAGUGAAGUUGGCAAACCCUAAGGCAUUUAUGACUGGUUACAACAAAAUUAAUGGUGAGCAUGUUUCACAGUCAAGGCUGUUCUUGCAAAAGAUCCUCCGUGAGGAAUGGAGCUGGGAUGGCUGUAUCAUGUCCGAUUGGUUCGGUACAUAUACAUGUAAAGACUCCAUGGAAGGAGGGUUAGAUAUUGAGAUGCCAGGCCCACCAAAGUUUAGGACCUCUGCUGCACUGGCACAGCAGAUUGAUUCUAAGGAGCUUCACUUGGAUAUUUUGGAUGACAGAGUUAGAGGUGUUUUGAAAUUGGUCAAAUUUGUCAAGGAAUCAAGUAUUCCAGAGGACGGUCCUGCCAAUGCGGAUAACAAUACACCAGAAACUUCCAAACUGCUAAGAGCUUUGGCAUCUGAAUCCAUCGUGUUAUUGAAGAAUGAGGAUAAUAUCUUACCUUUACAGACAGACGAAACAUUUGCAGUUAUUGGCCCUAAUGCUAAAUAUGCUGCUUGUUCAGGUGGUGGUUCAGCUUCAUUGAUUCCAUACUAUUCCGUGACACCUUUUGAGGGAAUUACAAACAAAUUAGAAACUGCACCAAAGUAUACUGUUGGUGCUUAUGCCCAUGUUUCCUUGCCACCUUUUGCACAGUUUUUGAAGAAUCCUAAGACUGGUAAUAAGGGAAUCCAUGCAACGUUUUACCAUGAUGCUCCUGGUACUGAUAACAGAAGAGCAUUUGAUGAAGUUGAUACCGAAAGAUCUUAUCAUGUGCUGUUUGAUUAUCAAAAUCCAGAGAUUACACCUUUGAGUACUUUUUAUAUUGAUUUUGAAGGGAUAUUUCGUCCAGAAGAAACCGGUUAUUACGAAUUUGGACUUACUGUUUUUGGAACUGCUCAGUUAUUUGUCAAUGAUCAACUAGUUGUUGACAACAAGACUCAACAGACCAGAGGCCAAUCAUUCUUCCACUAUGGUACAAUUCAAGAAGUUGGUAAGAUUCAUUUGUCAAUGGAGGAAGAGUAUCAUAUCCGUAUUGAAUUUGGUUCUUGUAAUACAUACAAUGUUAGAGAAAAAGAUGAAAUUGAUCUCAGAGGUAAAGGUGGUAUAAUAUAUGGUUGUGCAAAAAUAAUUGAUCCUCAGGAGGAAAUAGCUAAGGCUGUUGAAUUGGCAAAGAGUGUUGAUAAGGCUAUUUUAGUCAUUGGCACUAAUGGUGAAUGGGAAUCUGAGAGUUAUGAUAGACAGUCGAUGACACUUCCUGGGUAUACUGAUGAACUUGUUCGGCAAGUGUUGAAGGCAAACCCUAAUAGUGUUGUUGUUAACCAGAGUGGAACUCCAGUGGAAUUCCCAUGGAUUAAGGAUUGUAAAGCAUUGGUUCAAGCAUGGUUUGGAGGUAAUGAAUUGGGAAAUGCCAUUGCAGAUGUACUCUUUGGAGAUGUCAACCCCAGUGGUAAAUUAUCUCUCACAUUUCCUGAAAGGUUGGUUGACAAUCCCACAUUCUUGUCAUUCAAGACAGAAAUGGGUAGAGUCUUGUAUGGAGAGGAUAUUUUUGUUGGGUACAGAUAUUACGAUAAACUGCAGAAAAAGGUUCUUUUUCCAUUUGGAUAUGGUCUUUCCUACACUACUUUCCAAAUGUCCUCUUUAGGAGUUGAAGUUUUGGAACUGGAGAACCGUUUGGUAGUUACUGUCAAGAUUAAAAACGUUGGAAAAGUUCGUGGCAAGCAAGUUAUUCAGAUCUAUAUCUCUAAGUCCGAUUCUGAUAUCAUCAGACCUGUUAAGGAAUUGAAGGGAUUUGAAAAGAUUGAACUUGAAGUUGAUGAAGAACGUGACGUUACAAUUGAACUUUCACUUAAGGACUCCGUUUCUUACUUCAAUGAGUGGCAUGGUAAAUGGUGUGUUCUUCCAGGAGAAUACUUAGUUCAGGUUGGUUCAUCUUCGGAUGAUAUCGAACUUGUGGAGAAGUUCAGCGUUGUGGAAGGUUUCAUGUGGACAGGACUAUAGUUAUCCUGUUUUUAUAUAUUUAACAACGUUAUAGAUAAAAGGUCAAUAUCAU